AUAAACUGAGCAUUAGGAACCUCUGGGCUCCAUCCUACGGUGUUCCGCGAAGGACAAAAUAAAUCGCUUCUCAACGCUUCUGUGCCCUGAAUACGACGGCGGUGGUUUGACUAACGUUACUGUCUGGUUUUGUCUGAGACUACAGAGAUUGUCGCCUCGUUUGUUCAGUGAUGCUGCCCGACAGAAUGAGGCCAAGCGCUGCUGUAGCGACAGUGAUGCUGCUGAUGCUGCUCCAGAUCGUCUGUAUCAAACCCACUAAUGCCGAGGAGCCAGGAACAGUCAUCCCCGCUGAGAGCCGACCAUGUGUUGACUGUCAUGCGUUUGAGUUCAUGCAAAGAGCCCUACAAGAUCUGAAGAAAACAGCUUUUAACCUCGAUUCACGGACAGAGAGUUUGGUAUUGAGGGCUGAGAGGAGGGCCUUGUGUGACUGCAUGCCUACCAGUAGCCUGCGCUGAAAGGCCGGACAUAAACACCCCACAAAGAUUUAGAAAUCCUUAUAUACUUGUAGGAUACUACCUGCUCUUAUGGCCAUACACACACUCUCAGUCUCCCUCUCAAACAAACAUGCACAAGAGCAUUCAUGGAUACAUGUUUACUUUUUCACCAUAUCAUGUGCUUAUAACAUUAUAAAUAGACAUUCCUAAUUAAUUAACUCUACACAAAUAAAUGAAAGUUAAAAAUGCCAACGUUAAACAACACAUUCAUAUUAGGGAAGUGGCUCUUAUACACUUGCAUUAUGUUGCAGUUACAAAUAUUGCAUAAGUGUAUAAAGAGGGGUCAGUGUUUCAUCUCUAGGCACAUUGCAGUGGAAAAUAUAGGCCUACUGCAAAGUUUAAAAACAUUAUUAUUUAUCAUUAUGAUUAUUUGCACGUUCGACAGUUAAACCAUUAUUUUGCUUUUCUCUGUUUAGAACAGAAAAAAUAUAUAUGAUUACAGUCAGACAAAAUAGCAUAUUUCUUAUUCUCAUAUUUAUAUUCAUUAAGAUAUAUAUAUAUAUAUAUAUAUAUAUAACAAGUGUAGUCUUAUUAAAUGUAGAACUUCAGUUGACAUUAGAGAGUUUGCUAAUCAUAGAUGUAUGGUUAGAUACAACUGCAUGAAAAGUUAUAGCCUGGCAUUUUAUAUGCAGAGAUUUAGAAAGGAAAAAUAUCUUCACAAAAUAAGUUAUGAGGGACUUAUAAAAGAAGGGAUAAUAGAUUAGUUUGCUCCAAAAGAUGUAAAUUCACGUCUGUAACGGUGUCUUUUUGUGUGUACAACAGUUAUUUCAUGACAUCAUAUUUGUAACAAAGAAAUUAAAGUGAUAGAGAACAUAAUUAAUGCAUUUUUUUUUAAUUAACUUCACAUUUUGAUACUUAAACUACUAACAUGUUGUAUAAAGGGCAGCUAUAAAUGAUCAUAUGUCUUCUGUUGCUUAUACAGGAAACACAGUUAAUAUAUUAAUGUCAUGUUUUAUCAAGCUUAUGUAAAUGAGUUGUGCAAACCAAAGUCUGUGUUUCUACUUGUUCACUCUUGUGUAUUUGUGACAAACACCAUAUAUGUUAAUUGGUUAUAUUAUGUGAAAUAUAGAAAUAGAAAUAUAACUUGGCUCACAAAAAUGA